CUUGUGUCACCUCUGGCCCCUCCUACUUCUCCCACAGCACGACACAUGCACCCCUCUCCCUCCCCAUUUCUUGCAACUGUUCCGUCGAGGUGGUGGCAGUUCUAGAUUAGACACCACUUGCGCUCUCUCUCUCUCUCUCUCUCUCUCUCGGAUCGCGGUUGGGGUUGGGGUUGCGGCAUGGGAGCGAAGGAGGAGCCGGAGUAUGCGGCGGCAGCGGACACGGAGGAGUCAGCUUCCACCAAUCAGCGCACCCUCAGCCUCGAAGGCUGUUCCAGCAGCGUGGAAAAAGUUUACACCAUCAAAAGUCCACAUAAGAAAAGGAAAUCACAGUAUGAGCUGGUUGAUCCAAGGCUGUUAUCACUUAAAUACAAGUUUCGGAACCGCUUAUCUCGUCAGGAAGAGGAUUCUGCAACUACAAAAAGCUUAGGAAAUGAUAGCAUUUUCAAGAACAAGAACUCUGGCACGGACAUGGUCAGCAUACCUGAAGAAUUGGACUCUUGUGAGAACACUCUAAGCCUAUUUGGUGGGUGCAUCGAAGUGGAUUCUAAAAAUGGAAUUCAAGGUCAGUCUAUGAGAAAAAUGUAUGAGAUACGGACAUCUGCAUCCAGUAGCUCAAGCAACAAUUUUUUGUCUGAGGCUUUCAGCUCUUCUCAUAGCAGCGGCACCAGAGAAACUGACAGUUGGGUUAUGCAUGAUGUAGAGCAUGAUCAUUCAAGUCUGAUUCUGCAACCACAUGAUGACCUUGAGAGGAUAUAUAAUGUACUCGAACAGUAUGAUGAUCUAAUGAAGGACGAAUUAGUGAAUGGCAAUGUCUAUGGUUCUGCUGGUCAUAUCAUGGAUGAGAAGCUUUACUCGAAUGGCGUUGAUGAUUUACAGAUCUUGCCAACAGGCCAGACUGGCUGUCAUGGUGAGAAGAAGCUGACCAUUGAUCAAGAAUUUGAGCAGUAUUUUUCAAACCUCAUGCUUUAGAAUGGAAUGGAUAGUUUCGCGACAAAAAUGUGGCGCUAGACCUGAAAAGGUGGUUUGCUUCCUGAGCAAAGUGCGAGCCUUACUGUUGAAGUUAUCGGUGUAUUUUGUAUGCCUAAUGCCGUCACUGAAUGUACAUAUGUGUGAUAUGUGCCUCCUUUUCAGUUUGCCCUUGGCAUCAUCAUGUAUGUGUAUGUAUGCAGAUAAGAACUUUUUUUUUUUUGAAAACUAGGGCAGGAGCACUGCCAUGUCAUAUAACUGUCAUAUAAGAAGAGGAGAAUGCCAAAGUCU